GGACUCCACUUCUUUGAAAAAGUUCAAGACCUACCAACCCGAGGAGCUGUAGCUGUGGAACGUUUCACCAUUGAUGGAAGUUUGUUUCUUGCUUUUGCCAACUAUCAUGGGGACAUUAAAAAAUACAAGACAAGUUCCAUGACCUACAAGAUGGACAACUCAACUGGAAGAUUGUCUUUGUACCAGACCCUGCAGACAAGAGGAGCGUAUGACCUGGAGUACUUUUCUAUCGCUAACAAACAUUUCCUUGCUGUCGCCAAUCAUUACGAUGGAACAUACCGGCUGGACUCUACAGUAUAUCAAUGGAAUGGAACGCUGUUUGUAGACUUUCAGAAAUUGCCGACAAACGGAGCAAUUCGCUUCACCUAUUUCAAGAUACUUGGGGAAAGGUAUCUCGCAGUAGCCAACUACAAUGACGACAGUACCCAUUCUAUAAAGUCAGUUAUCUACAAAUGGAGCAGCGGCAGGUUUAACAGAUUUCAAGACAUACCAACUGACGGUGCCUCCGGAUGCACAGCAUUUGUGAUAAACGGUGACACAUUCAUCGCUUUUGCAAAUCUUUACAACUCCCAACACAAGUUUUCUGUUCAGUCCACUGUGUUCAAAUGGUCAGGAGGUCACUUUGUUAAACUGCAGUCUCUUCAGACUUACGGGGCGAGAGAUGUGAAGUCUUUCAACGUCAACGGACACGCGUUCCUCGCUUUUGCCAACCAAUAUUCUGGAAGUAAGUACAACAUCGAUUCUUUCAUUUACAAGUGGAAUGGUAACAAGUUUGUCCUGUUUCAGUCCAUUCCUACUCGAGGAGCCGCCGCAUGGUGUCCAUUUGUGAUCAAAAACGGUCUCACCUACCUUGGUGUGGCUAAUCACUAUGGUGACAGUCAGAAACACAAUACUCAGUCAGUUGUGUACCAGGCCUCUGGAGCAAGGUUCAUCAAGUACCAAGAGAUUCCCACACAUGGAGCGCAUGGUAUAACGUCAUUUGAGUACAAAGGUCAUACUUACCUUGCAGUAGCAAACUACUACAAUCGCCGGAAGCACAACAUAAACAGCGCCCUGUACAAGUGGGUAUAG